GAAGUUUUUAAUUGUUUAGUAUCACCAUCUCUCAAACAAUAUAGUAAAGAUAGCCAAAUCCAAACUCUUCAUAUAAGGCCUUUAGGAGUAUCAGUGGCUGUAGCUAGUGAAUCAAGAAUAAAUUUAAUUUCUUCUAUAUCCAAUGGAUCUGAUUGUUUAUAA